CACUCUCAAUCACUCACACUUUUGCCGUCUUGCUUCAUUCUUGUUUUCUUUCCCUCUCUUAUGAACACGGCUCCACCUCAUGAACAUCUAACUACCAAGAAGGAGGCUGGAUUCUUAUACUCACACUCACUGUUUCACUUUGACAUCCACCCUCUUCUUUUCUUUUUUGUGUUUGAUUGAAAAAAAAUACUUGCUGCAAAAUUCUUCCAUUGUUGCUGAUCUCUUCGACAAUGACGGAGAUUUUCUGCGGAAGUUCUGGGGUGUGCUUUCAAACUGUUCGAUGAAAUUCCCCUUUCAGUGCUGCAUUGGUUCUGCGUAUAAACAUAGAUUCAGAUAGGCCCAUUUUACGAAUUACCCCUAGUCAAGAAAAAUAACCCUUUUUUAUCUUUUUCUUUUUCCCGCCUCCUCCUUGGCUUUGAACUUUGAAGUGAAAGAUCGGGCGGAAGACGGUAACAUCAUGAAGAAUAAAGAAAAUACCGAGCUUAUAGAUUUUCUCAAAGAACUUCCUCCAGUAGAGUUCUGCUGCAUAUAUGGUUCGACUCUGCAUCCAAACAAUCAUGAUAAGUCAAAAAUGGUUGACCUUAUCCUUGGCGUAUCUGAUCCCCAAAAAUGGCACGAAAAGAAUAUUCAACUAAACAAAUAUCACUAUGCCUCAUGGAUGGUGUACCUUGGAGGGGGGAAACUGGUUACUGAAGUUGCUGAUGAAAUUGGUGUUGGAGUACAUUUUAAUCCUUAUGUUACGUGGAAGGAGAAGAUGCUCAAGUAUGGGGUUGUACGGAUGCAUGAUUUGAUACAGGACAUACGAUAUUGGAAGACAUUCUACCUUAGUGGCCGUUUGCAAAAGCCGGUUAAUAUACUAGUGGAUUCCCUGGAUGUUCAACAGCUUAACUAUGUUAAUCUGAGGUCUGCUGUAUCUGCAGCUCUCCUUCUUCUGCCACCUGAGUUUACUGAGGUUGACUUGUAUGCUAAAAUAUGUAGCCUUUCAUAUAUGGGUGAUUUGCGCAUGCUUUUUGCAGAGGACAGGGAUAAGGUUAACAAAAUAGUUCGAGGGCAGUUCCAGUUAUUUCAGUCAAUGUACCAACCUUGUCUUGAACAGUACAAAACAAAAGAGUUGUUGCAAUUCUCGCCAUGUGGAGGUCAUCAAGCAAAUAUUUCCCAGGAUUGUGGGUUAUCAGCAACUGAGUAUUUAGUUUCAUUAUUACCAACGACGGUCCGAAACACAAUGGCGAUAAGGCUUGGGGAGAUGAGAAGUCUGAGUGGAUCCGGUGGAGUCACAAGCAGAAACCAAGUGUUGAUACGGUCGAGAAAAGAGGCAGCAGAUUGCAUGCAGGGGGUUCUGAGGCAAAAGGUGAUGGUUUCAAGUGCAAGACAGGCGGUGUCUGGUGUAUUGGCUGUAGGCGGUGUUAAGGCUGCCAAGUAUCUUGCAAGUAAAAUGUGCAAGGCCUGGAGAUCCUGGAGAUGAAACUGAACAACUUCUCGUAACAUGGGAAGGGACCAUUUUGGUAUAAUUUUUGUUUCUUGUUUCGGGUUUCUUUUUUAUUUUCAGUUUUCAGUUUUUCCUGCUUUAAGAAUGAUGAAUAAGAAUGGGUUCCUUAAUUGUUUAGUUAUUAAUAUUAUUGCUAUUAUCAUCUAAAAAAAUGUAUUGAUGACCUUUUUUCGUUUCAUGUUAUUCUUGUUUAUUGUUUUCGAAGAAGAAAAAUACAAACUUGCCUGAGAAUGAUUUCUUUGUUG